AUGACUUCAAAAACUAGUAAACUUAUUAAAGGCACAAAGGUCGGUGAGAGGCCUACAACACGAGCGUCAACGAGGACUGAAAUUCCUUAUAAAUGCGACACUGACUCCGAAAAGUCACAAAUAAUUUUCACAAACAAGCAGACCGACACUGCUACGCCGUCGGCGACUAUAUCUGCAGCGACAACGCGCGCUAGUUCUGUCGACCCUCCGCGACAACUCUCAGAAAGCCUAACGAAGGUUAAAAGGCGGAAUUGCCAAAGUAAUAAAAAAGACGGAGUGGUUCACAAAAAAACCAGUAAGACAAAGAAAAGUACUGGAAAAACAAUCGAACUAGACUACUCUAGUCACCCAUCAGAUGAUGAAGACGAUUUGGCGAAAAAGCGCGCAUACCGGGCUAUAGAAAGACGUGCCCGAGAAAAGGUUUGUGAAUUUAUUAAUAUAAAGGCUAGUGUUUUGGCUUAUAAAAAGAAGGAACUUGAGGAAGAGUAUCUAUCGUUAAUCGAGAAGACACAUCCAGCAUAUGUGGAAAACAUAGGGAGACUCGACGAAGAACAUCAGAAAAUGCAGCAACUUCUCGAAAAUAACCGUUUACUGGAGAUUCAACAAAGCCAAAAUUUGUACGAAUCACAAGUUUCGCAAAUACGUCACGUAGCUUUGCAUGAGAGACGUAUCGCAAGAGAAGCUAUUUUACAUGACAUUGAAGUCAGGAAAUAUAGGCUAAUAAAGGAACAUAAGGACUUUGACAAAAAGGACCCUCGGGAUUUAAUGAUCGAUCUGGUCGUAAGGAACGACCAAACACAACCUGCGUUGACAAGUGUUGAAAAUAGUCAACGUCGUAUUUUUUUUUUAAAUAUCCUUUUAUUCCCAAGUGAAACAAAAUUAAGUAAAGAUGAAAUUGAAGACGAUUUUGUUGCAAUGCAGUUGUAUACUCGAACGAAGCCGUUAUCAAUUCCAUCACCACAACCUAAUAAUAUUACGGUUGGCAGCACGCAUAUCUCAUCAAAAUAUGUAGACUCUGCACCUCACUCUCGUCCAUCCCAGCCUUCCGUCUCCUCAAACAAUAUGCGAAACUAUGUAUCAUUAACAGGCUCAGCAACAAAAUGGGUGAAUGUAAAUAGGCAGCCGACUUUAGAGCAUUCUACAAACCGGAUUAAUGGGCGAGAGUGA